CAGUCUGGGAGCCUGAGGAAACGAUCUUACACAUUUCCAGCAGAGAAAAGAUGAACCCUCAAGUCCUGCCUUCCAUCCUGCUGCUCAUUUCUGCUGCCCAUGCUUUCCAUUAUAUGGAUCUAGCUCAGUAUGUUGACAGCCACCAAGACGAAUAUGUGGAGAUGCUGAGGGACUGGGUUGCAAUCGAAAGCGACUCCAGCAAUGUCCAAAAGAGACCAGAGCUGCACCGUAUGAUGGAGACUGUGGCUCAGAAACUCCGGCUGAUGGGAGGGACUGUACAGCUGGUGGAUAUCGGAGAACAAGAACUUCCUGAUGGCCAGACAUUAGAGUUGCCUAAAGUGGUGACGGCUCAGUUUGGUAAUGUCUCCAGCAAGCACACAGUGUGCAUCUACGGCCAUGUGGAUGUUCAGCCAGCAAAACUGGAGGACGGCUGGGCAACAGAUCCAUACAACCUGACUGAGAUCAAUGGCAAUCUGUAUGGACGAGGAGCAUCAGACAACAAGGCCCCAGUUUUAGCCUGGAUCCAUGCUGUGGAGGCUUACCAGGCUCUCAGUAUGGAUCUGCCAGUGAAUGUGAAGUUUGUCAUAGAAGGCAUGGAGGAGACGGGCUCUAAUGGCCUGGAUGCCAUGAUCAUGGCCCAGCGAGACACCUUCUUCUCAGAAGUGGAUUACAUCAUCAUAUCAGACUGUGGCUGGCUCAGCAGACGCCCCGCCCUCACCUAUGGCACCAGAGGCAACUGCUACUUCUUUGCUGAGGUUGAAGGACCGGAGCAGGACUUGCAUUCUGGUGUUUAUGGAGGCACUGUGAUUGAACCAAUGACCGACCUCAUUGGAAUUCUUGACACACUGAUCAGCCCCAGUGGAAAGAUCCUGAUUCCUGGGAUCAGAGAGGCUGUAGCUCCCCUCUCUGAUGAAGAAUGGAAAAUGUACCAGGAUAUCCAGUUUGACAUGGACAACUACAAGAAUAAGAUUGGUGUCAACCAGCUCAUGUACAGCAACAAGGUGGACUUGUUGGCUCACAUGUGGCGCUACCCCACAGUCUCCAUCCACGGUAUUGAGGGGGCCUUUUCAGACCCUGGGAGUAAGACUGUCAUCCCUGCUAAGGUUACUGCUAAGUUUUCAAUUAGACAAGUUCCUGACAUGGACCCUGCUAUGGUCAAGAAACAGGUAACAGACUACCUUCACUCUGUGUUUGCCAAAAGAAGGAGUCCCAACAAGCUCAAAGUCACAAUGGUGAUAGGAGCUAAACCUUGGCUGGCUGACACUCACCAUCCACUCUACGAGGCUGGAAAGGCUGCUAUUAAGAGAGUUUUCAACACGGAUCCUGAUCUAAUCCGUGAGGGUGGAACCAUCCCAAUUGCCAGGACCUUCCAAGAUGUGACGGGAAAAAGUAUCAUCAUGAUGCCCAUCGGAGGCUUUGAUGAUGGUCUGCACUCUCAGAAUGAGAAAAUGAGCAGGUACAAUUAUAUUGAAGGAACCAAGUUAUUCAUCGCGUACCUGAAUGAAGUGUCCCAGAUUAAGAGGACUAGCGUGUGAUGUUUUAUGGUAUGAUCACAUGACCUCAUAAAAAACAUUCCAGCUAUAGAAAAGUGUGUUUUGAUAUUUGUACUCUGCCUUUAUCUUUAUUUCAUAAGGUUUUGAAACUUGUGGCACAUUUAUUGAUCUGCACCUCAAGUCUGUCUAUCUGUCUAUCGAUUUUUGCAUUAUCUCAUGGUUAUUUGGCUGUUUCCAUCUCUUUUGCCAGUGUUUAUGUUCACAUAAACUUAGGCGAUACUGUGAGGGUGUAUGUAUGUGUGUCAUGUAGUAAAAGCUGUACAAUGCAA